AUGUCAGUGGGACCGCGACCCUUUCCCCAAGGGCGACGAAAUGAAGAUGGGUCGGAUCCCCGAGCGACGAUGACAUACGAAGACUAUGUAUGCUUCAUGCUCAGCGAGGAAGACCGAGGGAAUGAUUACAGUCUAAGAUUUGGACGGGGACGGACGCAUUGGCCACACGAUCCAAACUGCGACUAUAGGAGUACCAACUCAACAAACCUACACAAAAUGAUCCAUACGGGACAAAAAGAUCACGCAUGUGACUUCCCGGGGUGUGACAUGAGUUUCAGUAGUUCCUCGCAUCUCACCCGCCACGAGGAGACACAUUAA